UAGAACUUUUCUAAAUGGGUUUGUGCAGGGCAGAAGUCAUGUUCGAAGUCGGAUAUGCUGUUUAACCCUUCCUUUGGUCCCUUGAUACGACCGUCCCGUGAUACUACGCUGGCACGUGCCGAAGACCGCCUUCCACCGGUUUAGGUAAACAGCAAAUCACGAGCACCGCGAAAGGAAUCUUCCGCGAGCAUGUCCAGAAUCCUCUCCUCCACCGCAACGUGGAAUAUGCGCCGACAUAGAUCCUCCCGGUAGCUAGUGAAACCAAAGACGAGGACAUGCAGCGUAUAGGAGUCGCCAAAUUCGUUCAAGAUGUCAUCAUUCACGGCAAGGAGGAGAAACCCAUGGGUCCGAUCGUCCCUCUCGUGGGGGUCACCAAUGUAGACCUCGGGAUCUUAUCAAAUCAUGGCAGGCGGCUUACUACGGGGUUGCGGGGGAAAGGAUUGGCGGGUGAUCGUGUUUAGAGUUGCAUUGAGAGACGGCAACUGAACGAGCGCCUUUCGAAUGCCGACCGGACGUUAUCCGUAUACGCCCUUUCACUAUGGAUGGUAACACGGCGUACUUAGGGCAAAGGUUGAUUUAUUCUAGGCUGAAAGGAGCAGCAAGUAUAGGAAUCAAUGAGUAUAGGGGAGAAUAGGCAACCGAGAAUUUCCGAACUGCUUCUUCAAGGUAGCCGAAAAAUUGCAACUACCACCAAAGAGCUAGAAACACGAAGCAAUCUUUUGGGUGCCCGAGCCGGAAGAAUCGAAUCAUUUGGCCUUAUCAUGAGAUUUGUCGAUGUUUAGUAUCAAAUCGAUCACGGGUGAUGCCUGAAGAUGACCGGACGUGGAAUAGCGUCCGGAUCAUCCUACCUGACGGCCUGACUGCCUGAGGUUUGUUGUUUGUUCUGCCCCUCUGUUGGUAUGACGUGCCUUUUUUCCUCUUCUUCUUCGCUUGUUCU